UCACAAGCAACACCGGCCUUGCUUCGAUCGUCGCUGCGAUUGGUCAUUUCCCAAAGCUCUUCGACGCAGAAUAUAUUCUUGAAGCAUGUCCAAACCAGAUUAGCUGAAUCUCCUGUGUCAUUUCCACGUAUACAUGCGCUUUUGGGGGAUGACGGCGGGCUUUCUCGGUCAUUUAUUGAGUAUUUGAAUUGGAACAGAUGCCUCUUCUCUGCCAAAUUACCCAAGCAGUCGCUGCCAAAGUAA